AGAUCAAAGCAGCUCGGGCUUCCAAUUAAGACAAGACGCGGGGCGCGCGCACGCGAGCACGUCUGUGGGGCUGCACGCCGCUUUGAGAGCCGGAUAGAAAGGCGAACUCGAGGAACGUGCAUGUGAGCAAACAGCGUUUAUAUCCGCAUCCAUACCAUUUAUGAAGUGCGUUAAUCUGGAGUAUUUGGGACGAAAAUGCUGCAUUGAUUCAAAACACCGGCUUUUAGCGCGUGCAUGUGCCAAAGACAGGGAGAGAGAGAGAGAGGGAAAACACCGUAUCUGAAAUGAAAUGAGGACCGAAUUGGAGAAGAGAGACAACAUGAAGAAAUGCGCCAUCUCGAAAAUCUUUAAAGUUCGUAAGAGGCGGGAGCUGCUGUGCGCGCAGGCGGGUUUGUUAUGCAGCAUGCUGCUGGGGGUUUGGUCCAUGUCGGAGCUCCUCACCCAGGCAGGUCACGGCAUGAUCAUAGACGGUGGGAUAAAUGUUGACGCCCACUGGGGCAGGAAACUGAUGGCUACAGUGCAAAACAACGAGACACUGAAGAAGAACUGUACUGAGCCAGCCGUACAUGAAUUUCCUGAUGACUAUUUCACGAAUUCUGAGCGGAAAAGUGGAGCAGUGCUAUUGCAUAUCAUAGCGGCUCUGUACAUGUUCCUGGCACUGGCCAUUGUGUGUGACGACUAUUUUGUGACCUCUCUGGAGAAGAUAUGUGAGAAGUUGGAUCUUAGUGAGGAUGUCGCAGGAGCCACCUUCAUGGCUGCUGGAAGCUCGGCACCUGAACUCUUUGCAUCCGUUAUCGGUGUGUUCAUCACUCACGGAGAUGUUGGAGUUGGAACCAUCGUUGGCUCGGCAGUCUUCAACAUCCUCUGCAUUAUUGGAGUGUGUGGGAUUUUUGCUGGACACGUGGUGCUGUUGACAUGGUGGGCCGUGUUUCGGGACUCACUCUACUACAUCCUGUCUGUUGUGGCACUGAUUGUCUUUAUCUAUGAUGAGAAGAUUGUAUGGUGGGAAAGCUUGGUGUUGGUGGUCAUGUAUAUGGGAUACAUUCUGAUUAUGAAAUUUAACUCCACCAUGCAGACUUUUUUCACUGGAAAAGGGAAGAAGAAUGUUGCUAACGGGAACGCAACAAGCGGACACGAGCUAGAGGACGGUAAUGAUUGUUGUGCUUCUGUCUCCGAUGACCCUUUGUUUCCUUUGCUGUGUUCAGUCAAACCUAGUAAGACCUACAAUCGAGGCUCAGUGAUCAUGGUAGACGAGAUCAUCAAUGCCAGUCCUCCGAAUUAUCGUUUUCCCGAGGCUGGGCUUCGUGUCAUGGUCACCAACCACUUCGGACCCAAAACUCGCCUGCGCAUGGCUAGCCGUCUCAUUAUUACAGAGAGACAGAAACUGGUGCAGGGAGCCAAUGGCAUUGAGGUGGCGGUGGUGGAUGGAAAGAGCGACAUUGAGAAUGGGAACGUGCCCGAGGACAAGCCGAGUGAGGAGGACGAUGGAGACCUGACCUCACCGUUCUCUAUACCAAAGGGCUGUAUGAACAAGACCAAAUGGCUGGUCUCAUGGCCUCUGCUGCUUCUGCUCUUCUUCACCAUCCCAAACUGCUCCAGACCUCGCUGGGAGAAAUACUUCAUGCUGUCCUUCAUCCUUUCGACGGUCUGGAUUGCGGUCUUCUCCUACUUUAUGGUGUGGAUGGUGACCAUCAUCGGGUACACGCUCGGCAUUCCUGACGUUAUUAUGGGCAUCACGUUCCUGGCAGCCGGCACUAGCGUCCCAGAUUGCAUCGCCAGCCUGAUUGUUGCUCGCCAAGGUCUGGGUGACAUGGCUGUGUCUAACAGCAUUGGCAGUAACGUGUUUGACAUCCUGGUGGGACUUGGAUUGCCAUGGGCUCUGCAGACGAUGGCCAUCAACUACGGCUCAGUGGUGAUGAUAAAUAGUCGAGGGUUAGUGUACUCUGUCGUGCUGCUGCUUGGCUCCGUUGCUCUCACUGUCCUGGGAAUCCAUAUCAACAAGUGGAAGCUGGACUUUAAGCUGGGUGCGUACGUGCUGGUCCUGUACGCCAUCUUCCUCUGCUUCUCCAUCAUGAUCGAGUACAACGUGUUCACCUUCGUCAACCUGCCCAUGUGUCAGGAGGACCAUUAAAAUCCACUCAGUCUCCUCCACAUCCUGCUAAUAUUCACCUCCAUCCAGUCCCUCUUGAUUUUUCUUUCUCAACCCUUACCCAAAAUCUCUCUCUCUCUCUGUCUGUUCUUUACUAGCCGCUGGUCUUCCACUGCAGUAUCAAAACCACCAUUACCUCAAAGUGGACUGAGAUGUCGUUCUUCUUUCGUUCAAUUCUAGAUAUUCUUUCACUGACAGCAGUCCACAAUGUGUUUUGAUGUUUCUUUGGUGACCAGGAGCUUGUCUCACCAUAGCAGGUCAAUCAAACAAUAACACAAGCCCUCAGUCAUGAAAAACCAAGUUCUCUCCAUGAUCCAAAACAAGGAUCUUCUUGUUGGCAGCUGAUUUUAUUCUUGGGGAAAAAAAAAAAAGAAAAGACCACUUCUAUGUUGCGGAGUGAAUUUUUCAAGUCUGGAUUCUGUUGGCUUUGCCCUACAUAAACACCUCACUUUAUUUAUUUAAUUUUAAUCUACAUUGAUUUUUUUCAUAUUAU